AUAUAUAAUGAGUGAAGAGAAAUCAUUAUAGUAAAAACAUAGAAAGAGGGAGAGAGAGAGAGAGAAAUUAGAAAAAUGGGAAGAGGGAGAGUAGUAUUGGAGAGAAUAGAGAAUAAGAUCAACAGGCAAGUAACAUUCUCAAAGAGAAGAAGUGGAUUAUUGAAGAAAGCUUUUGAACUUUGUGUGCUAUGUGAUGCUGAAGUUGCACUUAUCAUCUUUUCAAGUCGUGGCAAGCUUUUCCAAUACAGUAGCACUGAUGUGAACAAAAUCAUUGAAAGGUAUCGUCAAUGUCGUUACAACAAGUCACAAGCUGGAAAUUCGUUUGGCCAAAAUGAAUCUCAGAACAUGUACCAGGAUUAUUUGAAAUUAAAGACAAAAUAUGAAUCUCUCGACAGAAAACAAAGGCAUUUUAGUGGUGAAGAACUUGAGGAACUAAACUUGAGAGAAUUGCAGAGCCUCGAGGAACGACUAGACUUAACUCUCACACAAGCUAGACAACAACAAAUGAAAAAGCUCUUGGCACGAGCUGAGGAAUUACGUGAAAAGGUGCAUAACUUGGAGGAGCUUAACAAAGCAUUGGAGCCUAAGACAAUAGAUGAACUCUCAAACUUAGUUCCGCAGAAUACAAAUCGUAUUCAAUUGCAUGCAAUACAAGCCAAUCAUUUUGAAUAAGGGAACUUUAGACACAUUUGGUUUCUACACCAACCGGCUUCUUCAAAGGAGAGUGCACAAGAACAAAGGGCUAUCCUCCUAGCAAUCAAAAAUCACAACAACAAAAUAUUAGUGGAUUGUUUCAAUGAAAGUUCACCUAUGUAUUCCAAAUACUUCUCACAAAUACUUAUUAGUGGAAUGUUUCAAUGAACAUUCACUUGUGUGUUUCAAAUAUUUCUCACAAUUAGUUUUUAUAUAGCUUUUAUAUUCUACUAAA